UCCGUUCGAAGCCGAGGGGUUUGCACUUCCGCUGUCAUCGUGAACCAUUAGUAAAAAAGAGAGUGGCGAUGAAAAAAGCAGGAAAUGGACCCACUGUGGAGUUUGUGAUUGGGAAGUGCUGAGCUGUUGUUGUGGUCGUAUACGCGGGUGGACUUGAAGAGCUAUGCCCAGCUGAUACAGACGUGGCGGUGCUGUCUCUCCGGCUCUGGCAAGGCGGGCGUGAAGGUGGGUGCACACGGUACAAAAUGGAAAAGACAGACUAACCCUAAAGAGAAACGUUUGACUGGGUGAGAGCCAUGGCCUUCCUGGACAACCCGGCAAUCAUCUUGGCCCACAUCAGACAGUCUCAUGUCACCAGCGAUGACACUGGCAUGUGCGAGAUGGUUCUCAUUGACCAUGAUGUUGACCAGGAGAAGUGUCAGGCUUCAACUGGGAUGGGUGGUGGAGUCCCCAAUGCCCAUGCCCCCACUGGCGAUGGAGAAAUGCAAGGAUUUGACCUCUCACAGUCUGUUGACAUUACCUCAAGCUGGGAUUUUGGGAUCCGAAGACGCUCCAACACUGCUCAGAGACUUGAACGGCUCAGAAAAGAGAGACAGAACCAAAUUAAAUGCAAAAACGUUCCAUGGAAGGAGAGGACUGCGUCACAGUCAGUAGAAGACUUCAGUUCACUUUUUGAAAAGAAGGACUUUAAGGACAAACCUGUAAGCACUGGGAAACAGUCUACACUCUCACUUAGACUGGAACAGUGUCCGCAGCAGCUGAACAACCCUUUCAAUGAGUAUUCAAAGUUUGACGGCAAGGGCCAUGUAGGUACAACAGCCACCAAAAAAAUUGACGUCUACCUCUCAAUGCAGUCAUGCCGAGAAAAGCUGCAGCCCAUGACAGUGGUGACGAUGGCCAACGCCAGGGUGCAUGACCUGAUUGGACUUAUCUGCUGGCAGUACACAAGUGAAGGACGGGAGCCCAAACUAAAUGAAAAUGUCAGUGCUUACUGUCUCCAUAUUGCAGAGGAUGAUGGGGAAGUGGACACAGAUUUUCCACCGCUCGACUCCAACGAGCCCAUUCAUAAGUUUGGCUUCAGCACCCUGGCACUGGUUGAGAAGUACUCUUCACCGGGGCUGGCAGCAAAACAGUCCCUCUUUGUUCGAAUAAAUGCAGCCCAGGGCUUCUCUCUGAUUCCCGUGGACAGCAUGAAGGUCACCAUGAAGGAAAUCCUACAGAAGACGCUGAAAAAAAGGAAGGGCUCCCAGAGAGGCUCAGGGCCACCUACCCGGCUAGAAAAGCAGAGUGAGCCCAACGUCGCAGUAGAUUUAGACUGCACCCUGGAAAGUCAAAGCACUUUAGAGUUUUGUUUGGUCCGAGAAAACAGUUCUCGUGGGGAAGAGAGUUCAGAAGAGGACCCCCCUAUUGAUAUAUCUGCCGUUCAAGAUAUGUUGAGCAGCCAUCACUACAAAUCCUUUAAAAUUAGUAUGAUACAUAGGUUGCACUUUACCACUGAUGUCCAAUUAGGUGUUUCUGGAGAAAAGGUAGAAAUUGAUCCGGUGACCAAUCAGAAGUUCUGGAUCAGGCAGAAACCCAUUUCAGUCGAUUCAGACCUCCUUUGUGCCUGUGACCUCGUGGAAGAGAAGAGUCCAAGUCAUGCGAUAUUUAAGAUCACAUAUCUCAGCCAUCACGACUUCAAGGCUGUCUUCAAGACCCUCUUCUUUGAAUCGGACGCAGCCACGGUCAAUGAGAUAGUACUUAAGUUAAAUUAUAUUUUGGAGUCCCGAGCCAGUACUUCCCGGGCUGAAUACUUUGCUGAGAAGCAGCGGAAGCUGAGCAGGAGGACGAGCUUCAGUUUCCAAAAGGACAAGAAAUCCGGGCUGCAGUGAAUCCUGCGUUCUCCAAGAGUUUUUUUUUUUUUGUUUUUGUAUUUUUGUUUUUCUCCAGAGGACUCACGACAUCGGGGCUCAACGAAUGUGGGAAGGUGGCGGCGUUUACAAUGGAGUCAAAGCCCCCCUUCCCAUGGUGGUACAGCCGCUCUCUUUAGCCAUAUCAGUGGAGCAGCGAGGGAGGACAGAGAGGCUGGCAGCGAGCUGGUCAGGCUUGUGUCCUUCACUAAUCCCGCCCCCUAACCCUCCACCACACACCUUCACCUGUCCUUGUUUUGGAUUCGUGGCACAGGUAACGACUUCCGCUUACAUGGAAGAGACUCACCCACGCACGAACUGUAAAUACCGAAAGGAGAGCAGAACAAACCGGCCGAGCUGAAAAGUGCGAGUUAUAUCAGGGUUUGUUUGACGCCACCUUGUGGUUAUUUCAUGUUUUGUUUUUUUUUUUUUAAUUUGUACAUAGUGAUUGCAUUCGGCAUCAGUCUGAAGUUACCUGCUCCGGCUGUUAGUUCUUCAGUGCCUAUACUGUGUAGUAAAAUGCAAAACUGAGAGUUUUACACGCGCGCAAUCUCAGAGUCCACCUCCAGUCUCCGUAAGUCGCCAUACGAUAAUCUGAGAACAAAGUCAAGGAGUCAUUCAGAGGUUUCCUUUGUCUUUCUGACUGGCUAAUUAAUAAAGCAUUUUUAUGACCACAAAAA